UUCUGCUAUCCACCAUGAAGAAACGCACGGGCUUCCAGGUCGCGACGCUAAAAUCGCCUCCUCCGCAGGAGAAGCAAGCUGAGGAAAAGAAGACGCCGACGAAAGCGCCUAGCGGUUCUUCGAGUUCAUCCAGCUCAGGCUCCUCAAGCUCAAGCUCCGACACAACAGCAGCUGUGACAAAGGAAUGCAAGGGAGACGAAGUUACAUCCGUGCCACGACCUCCUUCUGUAGAUGGUGCGACGAAUCAGGCACCAGAGCCAUCAAAAUGCUCGACUCCUG